AUGGACAACGGAAACAGCUCUAGCUUCACCGCCGGACUCGGCAGCACAUUGAUUGCUGCAGUUCCGGACUGGUUCGGUUGGAUGCAUAAUUUAUCGCUCCCCCUGUUGGUGCUGUUUGUACUGCCGUGGCUGUAUGUGUUAUUGAUUUUAUCGUCCAUUCCGUAUUUACAUGUUUGCAAUUUUCUCCGGUUAAAGUUCUGGAGGAAUAGCGAUGAAGAUGCGUUCUGGCGCGCGGCUCGUCGGUUAAUGGCAUUCGUUUGGAACCUUCAGAGCAGACUAUUUCAUGGAUAUGAAGUGAUCGGUCUGGAGAACCUACCCGAGACUGGGCCCGCACUGCUGAUCUACUAUCACGGUGCAUUGCCCAUCGAUAUGUACUAUCUAACGGCCGAAACGAUUCUGAAACGAAACCGUCUGAUCCACACGGUUGGCGAUCGGUUUCUGGACCACAUUCCCGGCUGGCGGCUCGUUUCGCGCGUUAUGAAGGUCACUUCUGGUUCGGUGCAGUCAUGCGUGGCAACGUUGCGUGCCGGCGAGCUGCUGUCGAUUGCACCGGGCGGUGUGUAUGAGGCCCAGUUUGGUGAUAACGUGUACGAGGUGCUGUGGAAAAACCGAACCGGAUUCGCGAGAGUAGCGCUGGAAGCACGGGUGCCCAUCGUACCCAUGUUCACGAUGAAUAUACGCGAAUGCUUCCGUACCGUCUCGGUGGCCAGAUGGUUGUUUGUGCGCAUCUAUAACGUGUUGAAAAUUCCCGUCCUGCCCAUUUAUGGUGGGUUUCCUGUGAAGUUGCGCACAGUGCUUGGCAAACCGAUACCGUACGAUGGUUCGCUAAGCCCGGUCGCAUUGCAGGAGAAGGUAGGCGCUGCUAUUGCCGAGCUGGUUCAAGAACAUCAGCGACUUCCCGGUGAAAUAUGGCAUGCCAUCGGUGAUCGAUUUUGA